AUGGGUGGACCAACUGGCAACAGACCUGCAAGCCCGUGGGGCCACCUUAGUGCCACGUUGACGCUUCGUCCACAAAGGCGUUUGGCCAGAACAGAAACAUGCAGAGGUCUUCUGGAGUCUGGAGUGGUGCAAGCCAACCACAUUCCCAAGUACUGUUGCCGCUGCGUCUGGCCGAAGUUUUGGUGCGGCUAUGUCCAGACACGGCAAAAAGGUGCCCACAAAAAGCAAGCUCGGGUCAAAACGGUGCGACUGUUAGACGUCGACUUCCAGCACCCAGAGCUUUGGAUGUGCAACCGCUUCUUUGGGAUACCUUUGAACUGGCUUCGGAAAUGGCGGUACCGGCUUUAUUUGCAACAGUCUUCUUUCCAAUCUGAGGCUUUGUUCUUCAAGCUAGUGGUGGGCAGCGCUAACUUUGCUCUUCGCGGGUCCUUGCUCUCAGACGCCUGGGUCCGAGAACUCUUGUGGCGAAGAAGCACUGAGUUGGACGAAGAGCAGCGGCAGCGGCUAGCCCGAGACAUCCUUGUACUUCCUGUGGAGCUUCUCAUUCGAAAGUGCUGGUCCCGGUAUGCGCCGCUGAUGCUCCGUCGCAGAGACAGCCAGUGGCUUGUGGUUCCUUGCGACCAAGUCAGCAAGUUUUUGAUCCGAGGUUGCUCGGCAAGACCUGUUGGCUCAGACACCCUCUGUCAACAACACGCGGCUGCCCGAGAUGCCAGCUUACCACCACAAUACGCUGAGAUUGCAGCACAUCGGCUCCUGCGUGCCCUCCAUUCACCAGAUGACGUGCAGUUCUUGGAGGUCAAGAUGCAAGGCUACAGGGGUUGGCAGCCCUUUUGCACUGUGCCCCAGGAGCAACUCACGCAGUAUUUUGGACGCAAGGCUCACGAACGCAUCACGCUGCAUCGUCUUCGGGCGCAGACGCACAGGGGACAAAGGGUCAUCUCUGCUCAGCCGCAAAGAACGAGAAGCUUCUUGUCGUGGAGCUCGGUCAGGCCCCGGCAAUCUUCCGAGUGUGCAACCCACAAAGAGGCUGAUGCAGAUGUUGCUGCUGCAGCGAGAACGGCUGGCUUCCUCUUUGCCAUCUCAAGCAGUGGAUUGGUGGUGCAUGUGGAGGAGCUCAUCGGCGCCGAGAGCUUGUCUCAACGCUACGCGUUUCUCCUCCAUCUGCUUCAAAAUUAUCAAGACUUGAAGACGGUAGUCCAUGAUGAUUCUUGCUAUUUACAUUUCAUGGCGCAGUCGCAGAAACAGGGAUCCGUUCUCGCAAAGAAGGCCUCUCACCUCAACUUCAUCGUGGAUUCCUUCCAUGCAUCUGGCCACGUUGGCGCAUGGUGUCGCGCGAAUCUCAUGCCGACCCUUCCAGGCAACAAAAUCAUACUCGAUGGUUUCCCCACGUCCAUCGCCGAGGUGGUCAAUGCAUCCUUUUCCCCGCUCAAGCACACUAUCCAUCACAUGGCUCCUUGGAUGGCGAAGCUCAUGGUUGCAGAGCUCGUAGACAUUCACAACUUGAAGGUGCUGCUGGCUCUCAAGGACCGCCGCAAGCAAGAGGAAGGCAGAGAGCGACGCAAGCGCAAACGUGAUUCGUUGACAUUCACAACUCUCUCAAGGCGACCGCCGCAAGCAAGAGGAAGGCAGCGAGCGAUGCAAGCGCAAACGGGAUCUGAGGUGAAACAGCACCGUUGGACCAUGUGCGGCGCCUGCGACGGCUUCAGCCUUCAAGAGGAUCAAGCUGGAAUGUCUAAUGACUUGCUGCAAGGCAAGGAGUUGGCUUAUUUCAGUGUUGCAUAUGCUUGUGCUAAUGUGAGCAGCGACGGCACGACCUCCUACUGCAUCGGUUUGGCCCUCAAGAUGCAGUUGCGGGUCUCAUGGAUCGCGCUCAAUCAGCUGUCGAUGAUGGGUGGAAUCCACAAGAGUUUCUUCACCACUCUCAUUCAAAUCUUAGGUGCGCUUCCAGCUCUUUGCAACGGCGCAACCAUACAGCUCUGGCCAGGGCGCCCUACGCCUCUGAUGGUGGUUGUGCUGCAAGUUGCGGCGGCCCAAAAAGGCAAGAGCCGGUUGACUGCAUUGGUGGAGGAGGCUUUCGAUACGUGCGAUGAUUACUUGUUGGAAAGGGCCAAGGAGAUGGCAGCAGAAAAGUUCCAAGAUCAGCCACGACAACAGCCCACCGUCAAAAGUUUGUCCCUUCAGAGUUUCACCUUCACAGAAUUUUUUCACCGGUGCAGCAGUGAUUGGGCGCAAGUUGAUUGGGGUGCAGGAGAUGACCGUUCAGGGCUGCCUCACCGUAUAUGGCUGAGUUCUGGCUUCUGUUUGGAUGAAGCGUACGAGUUUCUCGAGGGCUUGGGGCCAUUGCUCUUGAACGCCAGCAGCAAGGAAGUCAUGUGGCUGCAUGCAAGGUUGCCUUCCGACUUUGCCUCUGGGGAUGACGCGUGGACGUGGCUGCCGCUCACCCCACAGCAGGCGUUGAUCUUUGGUUGGGGCUCCUACCUGGGUCAGCCGGAGGCUUUUUUGGCAGCAGACGAACCAGACAGCCCUCGGGCUGGCUACGUUGGCAGCACGGACGGCUACCCUGUGCAGCUCCCUGACGGGGUGCUCAGCCGUGUGCGCUUCCCAGUUUCCGACGGCAGCGUCAUCCGCACAGAGUGGCGCAUCUCUGCUCGGUGGCGCCAGAAAAAUCCCUUGCCACAGUUCCACGCCGCAUUGCUGCGUGCGAUUGAUUUCUUUUGGAAACAUCCGCGGAUGACUUUGCCGUUGACUCACGCCGCGCAAGCCCUCCUGCUAGGUGCGACCACCAAAUUCCCACUUCGUGAUAUUUCACCGAAGGUGAUGAUACUUUAUCGUUAA